UAUGAGGACCAUUCAUGAGUUUUCAUUCCAAACUUGUUGUGGGUACUAGUUCCUUUCGUGUAAAGUAUUCACAGCCAGUGGAUAUAAGUAUUUCUGUUAGAGGUCACGUGGGAGAAUUCACUGUUGAAGCUUUUGGUUUAGUUCUCACAGGUCAACCUAAAACGACCGAAGUUUGUCAAGCUUACGGAGGGAUUGGUGUAAACUGUACGUCUAUAGAGUUCAAUCCUCACGCAAACGGAACGCAUACCGAGUGUGUGGGUCACGUUGCUGAACAGAAAAGGUUUUACGUGGAAGACUGUUUUCCUGGAAUCAUUCAAGGCGCUUGUCUCUUGAUAUCGGUAGAACCUUUACUGGUUGGUGAGCAUAAACCAGAAGAUAUUAUCUAUUCUGCAUUGUCAACAGGUGAUCGCGUCAUUUCUGGUGAACUUGUAAAGGAAGCCAUUGUGAAGACUUUAGAGGCAAAAGGUUUAGCCAAAGAACAGUGCCCUUCCAUUCUUGUGAUUCGUACUUUGCCCAACGACUUGAAAAAGUAUCCAACAGCAAAUAACUCGGUGAAUUGGCCUUACUUUACUUCAGACGCUAUUCAAGUUCUUGACCAGUUUCAGAUACAGCAUCUGUUGGUCGAUACACCAUCACUCGAUAGACAUCCCGACGGGGGAAAAGUGGAAUCUCAUAAACACUUUUGGCAAGUAUCUUCUGAUUCAGUGCAGUCUCCACGAAAGAAUAGAUCUCUCACUGAACUUUGUUGUAUUCCUGAUCCCUUGAAGGACGACAUUUACUUUAUAAUACUAAGCUUAUCAUCCUUUGCAUUUUUAGACGCUGUUCCUAGUCGGCCUAUUCUUUUUCCUUUGGAAGUAGAUAGAAACUGAUAUCGUAUAGUAUGAGUUGGUUAGGUCGUUGGAUGAGAAGUUAUCAU